AUCGGACCGAUUGUAGUAAUUGUGGCAACAAUAAUUAUGUGUCUUCAUAGCACCCUCUAUGGUCGCAGACUUUGAUCUCUCCCGCCUUCACCUGUCCUUACGUGUUGGCCCUGCUACCUUGCUGUUAGGUUUCCAUAGUUCUCAUUUAUUGUCACGUGAUAAACAAACCCUCGGAAGGACAACCGGUACAGACGUAUUUCAAAGAGUACAUGUCCCGCCAACACUCGUAAUACGCAUUUAUAGAAAGAAUAGACGAAGGAAAAACACAAAAUCGUAGGAAGUAAUGAAUUCUCGUCAUGUAGUUAAGCGUUCAUCCAUUAAGACUAUUUUAAGAGCGUGAGCGCAUUCGAAGCUAAAAUAACCGUGCUUACAUGCGGAAGUCAGCCGAUGGGGAGAAAUCAUCAGCUGAGCAGUGCUGGGAAUGGAAGCACGCAUGAAGAAGGAGGCCAGUAUAUGCAGAAGCAUGCAGUGAAGUACCAACAGUGGCAGAGCUUCAAAAGUCAAAAGAGAGACUCGAAGCAUCUCGUAUUACAGAAGAAGAUCGACCUUCAACACGAGUUGAUCCAGGCAAAUGACAAGCUACACUACAAACUACAGGAGGAAGACGAUCAGAAACGAAAACAGUUGAGAGAUGCUAUGAAUAAAGAAAAAGCCCUGAAGCAGGAAAGGCUCAUGGACACGUGUCGUCAGUCACUAGGUAAGGGUUCACCUGAAAGUUUACACGCCGAUUCAAAAAUUCUGAGUCAAUAAGGUCUUACCCAAAAUCUCGAAAAUAAUAGGUGUAUAUUGGGUUUUUUUCUUUUUUUGCAAAAGAGAAGUCCCAAAUACAUGUAUAAUG